AAGCACUGAAAACUAAUUGUGUCUCUGAAGUUCGUUCGCAAAAAUCUAUAUGGAGGAAACGAUAUCUUACAUAUUUAAGUAACGUUCUUAUCGAGGAACAGGAUGGUAUUAGCAAAGAGCGUGUAACUUUUCUGAUUCAACAGGGGUAUCGUCCUUUUUAUGGCAUGGAGUAUCGUUCCUCAAAACGUCCACCCGAAGAAGAAAACUUUUGGAAUGGUGUCAAGACUGAAAAAGAUCUAAUGGAUAUUUUCGAUAAACAAUCGCAAAUUGACGCAUUAAAUGUGCUUGAGGCUACUCGUAAUCAAAAAAGCGAAGAAUAUGUUGAUAAAGUUAAUUCACGCUCGUCGAAACGAGUUAAGAUGGCAAAAGGAGAAGAAGCAGAUACAUCAUUUGGACAUAAGCGAUCAUACGAUGAAGAAUUACCAUCAACUUCGUCAAAAAAGAUCAGUACUUAUGGAAACGAAGAAGAGUUGGCUGAAGAAGAUAUUACUCAAGAACUCU